UAAACAAUACAGAUCGCUCCUGCACACUGCUUUGUAUGGCUCUGCAUGGCACAUAGCCUCAUAGUAAAACAGCACACAGUUAACCCUUUGAUCGCCCCAGAUGUUAAUCCCUUCCUGCCCCAUGCUAUUAUGCUUUUUAUUAGCACCGAUCACUGUAUUGGUGUCACUGGGAUGUCAAUGACACCAAGUCAGUUCCCCCCCAGUGUCAGAAUGCCCGCUGCAGUCCCACUAUAAGUCGCUGAUCGCCGCCAUUACUAGUAGAGAAAAAAAAAAUUACGCAGUAUAUACUGUAUACCGCCA